CAAGGAAGUAGUGCUGGAGAGCUUAUGCCUAAACGGUAAGUAUAAAAAACCUCUUAACAGAGCGCGUCUGUUCACCCGAGUGCAAACAGGAGCCGCCUCCUCUGCCUGCCAUGUCCGCGCUGUUUCUCAUACUCCUGCUCUUCUCUGUGCGUGCAGCCUCUUCGACUUCAGAGAGGUCCCAGAGGAGUAAGAGAGGCCUCCUGGAGCUGGCUGGAGCCAUAAGGUGCAGCACAGGGAGGUCAGCCCUGGCGUACAUGAUGUACGGCUGCUACUGUGGCCUGGGGGGCCAGGGCUGGCCCAGGGACAGGGCGGACUGGUGUUGUCACAGACAUGACUGCUGUUAUGGAAAAGCUGAGGAAGCCGGCUGCCGAACCAUGACAGACAAGUAUUACUGGACAUGUGAAGACAAAGUCCCUGACUGUGAUUCCCUGAAAGACAAUUGUGAAAAAAUACUUUGCAAAUGUGACAAAGAAGCAGCUAAAUGCUUAAGAAAAGCACCCUUCAUUCGGAAAUAUGCUCUCUGGCCAGACUUCCUCUGUGGAUGUGACUACCCAACAUGUGGUAUUUACUGA